AUGGGCAAGCAAGAUGAAAGCAAGGACGGCUCAACGCCCAGGACCGCGGAUGUCGCUACAAGUAAUGGGCAGUCCCAUGCCCACGACUCAAUCACGAUACCAAUGCAUAAUGUCCCAGCUUUUACGCCCAGCAAGAGACUUCGCGUCGUGACCAUUGGUGCCGGCUACUCGGGCAUGAUCUUCGCGCACAAGCUACAAUACACGUACGCCAAAGAGUUUGCCACGCUGGUCGACCACACCAUCUUCGAGAGCAAAUCCAACGCGGGCGGCACCUGGAUCGCAAACAGCUACCCGGGCGUGCAAUGUGACGUGCCGAGCCACAUCUAUGUCUUCCCCUUUGCCCCGAACCCGGAGUGGUCGCACUUCUACUCGACGGGCCCGGAGAUCAAGGAGUACUUCCAGAAGACGGUCGCGGAGUGGAAGCUGGAUCGGGACGUCCAGUUCAACACCACGGUCGAGCAUGCCGAAUGGAACGAGGACAGGGCCCAAUGGAGGCUCGAGGUGCGGCACAAGGACAAGGGCCAUCGGACCGAGUGGGCCGACGUCCUGAUCUCCGCCAGAGGGAUUCUCAGUCACUGGAAAUGGCCCGACAUUGCAGGCUUGCACACCUUCAAGGGCCUCAAGGUGCACAGCGCCGGCUGGAACCACGACUACGACUACCGCAACAAACGAAUCGGCCUGAUCGGCAACGGAAGCAGCGCCAUCCAGAUCCUGCCGGAGAUGGCCAAGCUGGAGGGCACCAAAGUGACGUGCUUCCAGCGGGAUCCGACCUGGGUGGUCUCGAGACACACCCCCGCGAAGCUGGUCGGCAGCGACGACCCAAGCUACAACCCGGAAUACCGCGAGGUCGACAAGGAGCGGUUCCGCGACCCGGAGGAGCUGAAAAAGUACCGCAAGCUGAUCAUCGGCAACGUCAACCGCGGGUUCCGCAUCUUCGGCAAGGGUUCCAAACAGCAGGAGGAGAUCAAGGCCUUUGCCACCAAGCAGAUGGCCGACAAGCUCAACAACGACCCGCGGCUCUGCAAGAUGCUCAUCCCCAACUUCGAGGUCGGCUGUCGCAGGAUCACCCCGGGGGCGGGAUACCUCGAGUCCUUCACGCGAGACAACGUGCACCUGACGCAAAGCCACAUCGACUACAUCGACCAAGGCGGCAUCAAGACCAAGGACGGUCAAUACUACGAGCUGGACGUGGUCAUCUGCGCGACGGGCUUUGACGUGUCCAACAGGCCGCCGUUCCCCAUCGUCGGGCGGAACGGCACCGAUCUGGGCGAGAAAUGGAAGGACGAGCCUGAAUCAUACCUGUCCAUGGCCUGUCCCGAAAUGCCCAACUACUUCAUGUUCAUGGGCCCCAACGCCACCAUCGGCCACGGCUCGCUCAUCUACAGUCUCGACUGGACGGCCGAGUGGAUGAUCCAGUGGCUGCGCAAGAUGAGCCGCGAGGACAUUGCGAGCAUCGCGCCGAAACAAGAGGUCGUCGACGAGCUGGUCCGCUACGGCGACGAGAUCAUGAAGACCCUCACCUGGACGGGGAACUGUCGGUCAUGGUACAAGAACAACCGAGUCGACGGACGCGUGACGGCCACGUUCGCCGGCAGCGCCAUGCUCUUCCACGACAUGGUCGCGCAUAUUCGGCCCGAGGACUUUGACAUCCGGUACCGCUCGCCCAACCGGUUUCGGUUCAUGGGGAAUGGGUUCACGAGCUACGAGUUGGAGGACGGGGCGGAUUUGAGCUGGUAUGUGGAGAAAUAG